AUGGAGGGCGUACGUCAAGUGUUGGAGAAUGGGACGCUUGUGUUCCCACCCUUCCCCGCCCACCACUACCACAGUCACGUACACGCUGCCACGUACACCUGCACGGCCUCGUCACCUGGGGGCGUACUCCUUGCCACGCCCAUGAUCGUCCGUGCUGUUGUGGUGGGGGAGUACGAGGUGCAGGUGUACGAUCAACUGGUAAUGUCAGGUAACACAGCUGUACUCAGGUGUGCUGUUCCUUCCUACGUCAGAGAAUACGUGACUGUCACCUCCUGGCUCCAUGAUAAUUCCUUCAAUAUCUACCCGUCUCUCCAUGGUGAUGGGAAGUACCACAUGACCAGUGACGGGGAGCUUCACGUGUUGGAGGUCAGCCCCCAGGAUGGUCUCUCCAGGUUCCAGUGCCGCACCUUACACCAGCUGACAGGUCUGACCCAGCUGUCUCGUACACCUGCCCGGAUAAUUAUUACAGAGGCCCAAGGGUCAGUACCACCGAAGAUGAACGAGAGAGCAGGUCGUGUGGUGACCCAAGCUGGGGCCAGGGUCACCCUCCCUUGUGUGGCGCAAGGUCACCCUCCACCACACUACACGUGGUACCGAGGGACAGAACCAGUGACGGGCAGUACCGGGGUGUGGACAGUAGGUGGGUCUCUAGUAUUGGGGAGAGUGGGUAUAACAGAUGCUGCCCAGUACACCUGUGUAGCCAACAACACUGACGGGGUAGCCAGAGUCUCUACACACCUGUUGGUCACGCUCCCUCUCUCUGUACAGGUGACGCCCCGGGAGGUACAGGUGGACGCGGGGGGGAGGCUGGAGCUCAGGUGUCACGUCUCAGGUGAACCGGUCGACACUGUUACCUGGUACAAGGAUGGUCACGUGUUGAGGUCAGGCAGCCGAGUCAGGAUACGCCCACGAGAGGCCCUACACGUGGCACCUGUCGACCCUUCCGACGCCGGCAUCUACCAGUGCGCCGCCACCUACGCCCACGACUACGCCCACGCCCACGCCUACGUCACCCUGGGAGCUGCCGCGCCCCAGCUGGUAUACAGCUUCAUAGAACAUACUCUACAACCUGGACCAGCUGUCAGCCUUAAGUGUAUCGCUACAGGUACACCUACACCUCACAUCAGCUGGGCACUAGAUGGCUUUCCUAUUCCACAUUCGCAUAGGUACGUGAAAGGACAGUACGUAUCAGCGCACGGGUUAGUUAUCAGCCACGUUAACAUCAGUACGGUGCACGUAACGGACGGAGGAUCGUACACGUGCACAGCAGAGAACAGCGCGGGCCGUGUCACUCACAUGGCUCGCCUUAAUGUCUACGGACCGCCCCAUGUCCGUGCUAUGGGCCAGGUGUCGGCCGUGGCGGGAGAGACGUUCGUGGUGAGCUGCCCCGUGUCUGGCUACCCCAUCCAUAACAUAACCUGGCUGAAAGAUGGUCUCCGCCUGCCCACCAGCCAUCGUCAGCGGGUCCACACGAACGGUACCUUAGUGGUUGAACAAGUCACUCGAAGUACUGACGACGGCCACUACUCCUGCACCGCCUCCACCAGACAGGGCCUCUCAGACACUCAAGAUCUCACAGUUCGUGUUAUGGUGGCACCAGUUCUUCAGCCAUUCCACUUUGAGGAGAGGUUACAGGCAGGUGACCGCGCCGGGGUAACCUGCCUGGUGACGAAGGGAGACCCGCCCAUCACCUUUACGUGGGAGAAGGACGGGCGGCCCAUGCAGGAGGUCGAGGGCGUGUCGAUCUCCAGUAUGAAUCAUUUCUCCAGUGCUCUUAUGGUCUCCAGUCUUACGGCUCUCCAUACUGGGGAAUAUACCUGUCGAGCUUCUAAUCACUGGGCUCAAGCGACACAUUCUGCCUCUUUAGCUGUUAAUGUGCCUCCAGCUUGGGUAGUAGAGCCAGCCAGUGCCAGUGUGGCUCUGGGGGGCAGUGUGGCGCUCCAUUGCCUGGCGAAAGGCUUCCCCAACCCUACCGUCGCCUGGCGUAAGGAAACUGCCUCAGGACAGUUCGUAGGCGUGGCAACGGGUGAGGGAGGCGUGUCAGGCUGGGAGAACGGCACCUUGGCAGUGAGUAGAGCCGAGAGGAGACACGAGGGAAGGUUCCUGUGUGAGGCAAAUAAUGGUGUAGGGGCCGGCCUCUCCAAAGUGGUCAACCUCAGUGUUAAUGAGCCGCCGUGGUUUAGCGUGAGGAGUCAACGUCAGCAGGUGGUGGUAGGUGGCACUGCAACACUGAGCUGUGAAGCCCAUGGUGAUGCCCCUCUGACCCUUGGCUGGACGAGAGGUGCUGCCCCUCUCCCCCCUCUCCCUAGGUACGAGGUGUCAGAGAGGGCGACUGAGGGUGGCAGAGUGUCGGAAUUAGUUUUACGUUCGACACACAUCAGUGAUUCAGGCACCUAUGUGUGUACCUCUACAAACACACACGGUGCACUCACAGCUGACUUCCAUCUUCUGGUGCAAGACGUCCCAGGGCCUCCUUCAGGUGUGACUGUAGCGGAGGAAGGAUCACGUCACCUCACGCUUACCUGGACUCCCCCUCAGGAUUCCAAUGCCCCUAUCACAGCCUACCUGGUGACCUUCGACGUACAGCAGUCU